CCACAACAAUAUCCUUCACACUCUUUUCAUUUUCUCCUUCAACUUCCUCUUUUCUCUCUCCUAGGGUUCCUUUUUCGUCUUCAACAAUGGCUCAACAAGAUGCUCAAAACGGUGUUUCCGAAAACGCAGCUCCUGCGGUGUCGUUUGUGGCUUUGAAACCUCAGCUGUUCAUUGAAGCUCAAAAAGCAAACGACGCUGUUUCUUUCUAUAAGGCUGCGUUUGGUGCUGAAGAGGUUAGUCGUACUUUGAACCCUAAGCGUAAGGCUGAUCAAGAGACUCCUCUCAUUCUUUCAGCUGAACUCAAGAUCGGUGGUUCUUCCUUCCUUGUUGCUGAUACCGUUGAUGAUUCCACUUCACCGGUGAAAGUUGGUGGAAACGGUGUCGUUUUCUGUCUUGAAACUGAGGACAUUGAAGGGGCUAUAGCCCAUGCUGUGGGUGCUGGUGCUGUUGUUGAUGGUGAAGUGGUGGAGUUUGAAGGUGCAUGUGGUGGUGGGCGCGUGGGAAAAGUGAAGGACCAGUACGGUUAUGUUUGGGAAAUCUACUCUUCAACCAAAAAGGUUGCUGAUGUGGAUGUUUAAUGACCGUUAAGAACGCUGAUCAUGAUAAUCUGACCGUAGUGAUUUAAAAUGUCUUAGUUUAGUAGCAAUGUUGUAUUGACCUUUCUGUCCCUCUAGUUUAAUAUUUUGUUAUUGAGGAUGUUCUAAAGUUGUUUCCUUGUGAUUUUGGUGGAAACAAUAUUAUUAACUAUUGUCUUCUAUUUUGAAAUCUUACCCUUGAAUGAAUGACUAUUGUUAUCCGUUAGUUAUUUGC